AUGUUGAAGUACUUCAAUGAGAACAUAUCCCUAGCGCUCCAGGAGAGGUACAGGGACCUCCAUGAGUACCGGAAGGAGGUAGAGGACUCACCCAGAGAGGCCAAAGUUCCGAAAAUUGCUGAGGAAGGGGAGAGCGUCGGCGGCGAAGGCGCUUUCGAAUCGAGCGCCGAGCCGCCGUAUCCUCGACUCCUGGAGGCGCCCAAAGAAGAAGACAACUUUGUAGCCAGCUGGCUGCAGAACUCCUUCAAGAUGACCGCUGCUGAGGGGAACGAGGCAUCCCCUGGGGGAAGUGCUUUGGACCUUCGAGCUGCUCCACUAUCUUUACACAUACCCGCGAUACAAAGUGAAGCUCAGAGGUUUAAGAUGCAGGACUUUUGGAACAGGAGUAGACCGACCUCUCCAGCACAAGAGGAGCAGCCGGGACCAGCUCCUCCGACCCCGCAGCCACCUCCUACACCGGACCACAAGAUUAUGACUGAAAAACUCGUUAGUGAAAUUCAGCAACAGGCGAGAUCCGGGCAGAGCAUCAGCGAGAGAACCCUGGAAGAAUGCUGGUCAACGCUACAACGAGUGAGUUGGCACCUGUUUCAAUGCGUAUCGUUAUCUUCCAAUCAAAACCUCCUUGGUAUAAAACUAGAAUCACACUACUGA